UCGACGUGAUUCCUUAGGAUGACAUGCAAGUUGUCUACCCGCUUCCAGUGCUAGGAUACAGGUGCCUCAAAAUCGUAUUAGGCGAGUACCCAAUACUACGCGUACGACCGCUUUCUAUUUGAGCCUCCAUCUCGGUUGUUGGAAGACUUGUACGAGCAAAUUUCGCGACAUAUGUGAUUUUUCGUGGUCGACAAAAUACGUUUUCUCGUGUCGUCGACAGAGAAAGUUUUCGGAAAUACGGGACGUUUGAAACCUGGGCGUCUCUUUCUGCCGAUUCACCUCUCAGCCAUUAUUUUCUUGACGUCAGAAGGAUUUUCUCUGGCGGAUUAAGCUAGGUCCUGCAUCGUUUACGCCGUCGCGACGAGAGAGCCGACAUAUCAACGUUGGACAUUCAAAUGAAUUACGGCAGAAGCGCCUAUCGUCGAAAGACUGUCAUGUCUGGGGUGCAGUAUAAAGAUAGUGGCCAAAAGGAUACUGAGUUGGGUCCCGUUCAUGUCGCUGAUCUCUCCAACAUCGUGGCCUUCCUCUUCUUCAAUGUAAACCAGUCCUUGCAAGGGAACUGCACACUCCUGCUUCAGCUAUUGGUAUGCGGGAAACUCGUGGUCGCACCGUCAACUUUAGGUGAAGUCAAGGACUGGAAAGUGCUCAUACGACAAAGCCAACUCAGUUUUUCGGGAUACGGGAUACCACAAUACGAAGUAACCGUUGUCUUCAUAGUGAUCACGAACGGCCUCUACCGGUGCCCAUCGUGCCAGCAACCAUUUGGUGCUGGGAAGUUCAUGCCUUUGGAAGGAAAAGACAUCGUAAUGCGUGACGAUUCCUCACCAGUCUUUCCAUUGUUUGCCUUCCCCUCAGAGUCGACGUACUGCACGGGAAGACGUCGAAUCCACAGAGACUUAGAGCCUAGAAACAUUACUGUCAAAUACAGGUUCUUGAUGCGUACUGCCACUUCCGCUGUUUCCCAAUUUCCAAUCCAUCUUCAAGAGGUCCGCCAUUACCUUAUCGCCAUUCUCCUCCCCACUGCAUAUAUGCUUCCACGGUGGACAAAGGGCCCGUCUUUUCUCCUCUAG